AAACGGUUUUCAAACGCUCAGCUGAGAAAAUGUGACGGACGAAAACGGCAGGCCAGAGCUGAAAAACUUCCCAAGAAACGGCAACUCAACAAAAUCUAUACAAAAGUGUCUGCCUCUGCCUCGGCCUCUGAUGAUGUUGACGCUAAGCAAAAGAAAGAUAAGACUAUAAAAUAUAUCUAGAAAUUAUGUCCCCUAGCCCCCAGACGAUAGACGCAACCGAGUUAGCAACUUAACAAAAACAAACAAUGCCAAAAGUUAAAGCGAAAGGCAACUACACCAAUCGACACAAAUAAAAUGAGCCAAGUCGCCUGCAACUACAACACCAACGGCAAGCAUCGAGACGAGCAGGUUGCAGGCACUCCGCAAAGAACAAGAACCGCCACAGGAACCGCAACAUCAUCUCAAAUAGUAGGAACACCCGGAACACCAGGAAUACCAGGAGCACCGUACUUGAGCAAGCGAUGAGGUGGAGCGUCCGCUUGGAUGACGAACUUAGAAACAAAAAAACCGGCACUGAAACUGCAGCUGAAACCACAACGGAACUGGCCACCGGAAUCAGAACAAACUGAUGCUGACGGAAACUGAAGCUGAUACUAUUACCAAAUUAGUGGUAGCAGCUAACCGCAAAUAGAAUCUGAAAAACAGAGAGAGAAGAACGAAAAAGAGGAGGGGAACGGAAACAUGAACAGUGUGGAUAUUUUGUAAUUAUUAAUGAGCGCAUAGAGUGGGCUGCCGCAGUGGGGUGCUGGAGGAACCACAGGAGCGAAACAGAGCGAUACGUUGAGGGAUAUCAUAAUGUACAUGCUGCUGGAGCUCGACUAACACACACACCGACACUCACCCGAGCCCAAGCCCGAGCCCAAGCCCCAACCCCCAGACAGAUUCCCCACAGGACAUCAGGCAGGAAAGGCACCGAAAGGCUCAAUUUCAAGGAAUUUGCAAAGCUCUCACCCACACACAGUCGCACUCACUCUUCGACUCCCAAGCGCGCACUCACACACACAUAUACGAGAAUGGGCUGAUGGAAUCUCGUCAGGAUAGAAGUAAUUAAAAGUAAAUAAAGCAGGAGGCAAAAGGAAAACCGAAAAGAAUCUCAAAGCGGUGGCUGCAGGAAAAGCAGGAAGUAACCUGAUUACGAGCAGAAAAGAAAGAGACACAGAGAACCAAGAGGCAGCAAAGGAAAGGCAGGAGAAGCAAAAACAACAACAGCCACAAUAACAGCCACAACAACAACAACAAUUAAUGUGGCUCAGAAGAAGAAGAAGCGACGACCAUAGUGAUCCGCUGCUGAUUGUCCGGACUGUGCUGUGACUCGAUUUCCGACCCUCGAAAAUAGCGCCAGAACCGAAGAUUGAGAUAGAAAGACACACACGCACACACACACACACCACUCUAACCCAUACACAUGCACUGAAGUACUGACUGAAUGCCUCGCUGCCUAAACAACCAACUAACUCACUGACUGAGAGACUUCAAGGAGCGGCAAGCCAAAACGAAGGGGCAAGCAGCCAGCAAGGAACCAGCGACAACCAAACAAAAAAACAAAACCAAAAAAGGAAAGGUGGAACCAGCUAGCAAGUAAACUAAAAGAGCAACUAAAACCUUGACUACUAACUGCAACUACAGCAACAACAAAUAACAAAUUUAAAAAAAAACAAACAGCAACAACAACUACAACAACAACAACUUACUUUAUACGCAACUAAAUGAACAAAUACUUCAAUUUUUAAAUGCAAAACUACGAGAAGCAAGCGCAGCCAUUUUAAAUAAGCAAAAAUCCAGCACAGCUAAUCCUUCUCUUAAUAUAAAAACAAAAAAACACCCAGAACUCUCAACUUCCAAAAAUAAAACAAAAACCCAACCAAAACACCGCACCAACGCAUUAACAGCAACAGCACCAUGAGUGAUUCAAGAAUGGACAAAUUGGCCAGGAUGGCGCCUCUGCCCCGCACCCCACUGCUGACCAUCUGGCUGGCCAUCAAUAUGGCGCUGAUCGCACAGGAAACGGGCCACAGACGGAUCACCACAGUGCAGGCGGCAACUGGCGGUGGCAGCAUGCUGGGUGACGUAAACAUAUCCGCUAUACUCGACUCCUUUAGUGUUAGCUACGACAAAAGAGUAAGACCCAAUUAUGGUGGACCUCCUGUCGAAGUCGGAGUCACCAUGUAUGUGCUAUCGAUCAGCUCGCUCUCAGAAGUGAAAAUGGACUUCACAUUGGAUUUUUACUUUCGUCAAUUUUGGACCGAUCCUCGUUUAGCGUAUAGAAAACGACCUGGUGUAGAGACACUGUCGGUUGGAUCAGAGUUCAUUAAGAAUAUUUGGGUACCUGACACCUUUUUUGUAAAUGAAAAACAAUCAUAUUUUCACAUUGCAACAACCAGUAAUGAAUUCAUACGUGUGCAUCAUUCUGGAUCGAUAACAAGAAGUAUUAGAUUGACUAUCACCGCAUCGUGUCCGAUGAACCUGCAAUAUUUCCCAAUGGACCGGCAGCUGUGCCACAUUGAAAUAGAAAGCUUCGGUUACACAAUGCGAGAUAUCCGAUAUUUCUGGAGAGAUGGACUGAGUAGUGUUGGCAUGAGCAGUGAGGUCGAACUACCGCAGUUCCGUGUCUUGGGACACAGGCAGAGGGCGACCGAAAUAAACCUAACCACAGGAAACUAUUCGCGUUUAGCCUGCGAAAUUCAGUUCGUGCGCUCGAUGGGCUACUACCUUAUACAAAUCUACAUACCCUCUGGACUGAUCGUUAUUAUAUCAUGGGUAUCAUUUUGGCUCAAUCGCAAUGCAACGCCGGCGCGUGUGGCGCUCGGUGUGACAACCGUGUUGACAAUGACCACUUUGAUGUCGUCAACAAAUGCAGCGCUGCCAAAGAUUUCGUACGUCAAAUCGAUUGACGUCUAUCUGGGAACAUGCUUCGUUAUGGUCUUUGCAAGUCUACUGGAAUACGCCACCGUCGGCUACAUGGCAAAACGAAUUCAAAUGCGAAAACAAAGAUUUAUGGCGAUCCAAAAGAUAGCCGAGCAGAAAAAGCAACAGCUCGACGGGGCCCAGCAACAGGCCAAUCCAAAUCCGAAUGCCUCCAUGGGGAUGGGUGGAGGAGGCGGCGGUGGCGCUAACGCCGGUGGAGGCGGCGUCGGUGGUGGCGUCGGUGUCGGCGUUGGCGUUAACGUCGGCAUGGGCAUGGGUCCUGAGCAUGGGCAUGGGCAUGGUCACCAUGCCCACAGCCAUGGUCAUCCGCAUGCUCCCAAACAAACAGUGAGUAACCGCCCAAUCGGCUUUUCCAAUAUCCAACAAAACGUUGGUACGCGCGGUUGCUCGAUAGUGGGACCCUUGUUCCAGGAGGUGAGAUUCAAGGUCCACGACCCGAAGGCCCACUCCAAGGGCGGGACCCUGGAGAAUACAGUGAACGGUGGUCGAGGAGGUCCCCAACCCCACGGACCAGGACCGGCGUCCGGAGGUGGACCCGGGGGCGGUGGUGGUGGUGGUGGCGGCGGAGGUGGCGGACCGCCAGAUGGCGGUGGCGAUCCCGAAGCAGCGGUCCCAGCCCACUUAUUGCAUCCCGGCAAAGUAAAAAAGGUAAAGGACAUCAACAAACUGCUGGGCAUCACGCCCUCGGAUAUUGACAAGUACUCGCGCAUUGUGUUUCCGGUGUGCUUCGUCUGCUUCAACCUGAUGUACUGGAUAAUCUACCUGCAUGUGAGCGACGUGGUCGCCGAUGAUCUGGUGCUGCUCGGCGAGGAGUAGAGAGUGCCUCGUCGUCGUCGUCAUCGUCGUCGUCGAACCAUUCGCGUCGAGGGUGGUCCAGGACCCCAUCGGAUCGCCAGAAAGAGGAGUGAACAGCGCACGAGAGAGUCAAACUAUGCAUUGCGCUGAAAAACCACACAAAAAAUAAGAAGAAAACGCAAAGAAAAAAAAAGAAACAGAAAACAAGCAAAAAAAAAAUUAAUUAAGAAGCGGAAAAUAAACUAAUUUUAACUAGGCGAUAUGAGGAGACGAAGGAAUGCAACAAGUUUUUGUUUAAUACUAAUGAAAAAAAGGACACACACACACAUAUUACAAGGUCGAAAGCAAAGAAUAUUGUUAAAUAGAUUUACACAAAGAGAAAACAUAAGGAUAACAUUAGCAGUAACAAGGCAAAUGAAAAAAUGAAUAUAAAUGAAUGAAGAAUAAUCAAAAGCAACAGGAUUAGCAAAUUGUAGUGAAAAUUAUAUAACGAAAGGUAUAAGCGAACAUGUUGAAAAGGAUUAAAAAGCCAUAAAAAAAAUCACAUAUAUAACGAUCAAAAAAUCAUACGCAAUAUAGACAUUAAAGGACAUGUAAAGGGAAAGUGGAAUCGAAUGGGUUCGAGAAUGAGAGUGAGCAAGAGAAUGAGAAAGCGAAAACUAAUAAAUACUACUAUACUACAAUACUAGCGCAGUCGAAAAGUUGAUUUCAAAGACCACAAAGUUAAACAACACACAGUACAUAUGUAUACAUAAUAGAGGAAUUAACUGAAACUAACGUUAUAGACCAUACUAGAAUGAAUGAUUUCCAUUAUCUUUGCGGAGUUUUGAGCUUAAGUUUAAGAACCGAAACACCUUUUGCUUCCCACUUCAAAAGCAAAACACCCAGAGAGUCUUCCUCUAAUUUAAGUCCCCCCAGCUUCAGAAGCACGCUCUCCGAAUCGAACACAUAGGAAAACCAGAACCAGAACCACAAAUGAAACCAAACCAAAACUAAGCCCAAAAUUUAGUAAAUCGAAAGUUUGAUUUCCCAUUCAGUUGGUUUGAUUGAUUUGUUUAUUCAGAACUGACUUAGCGCUUCCAAGUGAAAUGGCCAAAUUUAUUAGAAAUCAAAAAGUAAGGCGAUGAACAAAUUUCGAUAAUUGAGAAUCAAUUUAGCAAAUCUUUUUGAUUAAGUUAACUUUACAUAUAACACUCACACACACACAGAGACAAACACACACACCCACACACACAUAAAACCAUUCGAAUAUAGUCUUCGAAUAGGAAAGAAAGAGAGUUUUAAUCAUUUGCACACCAAAAUAAUAAAUGGGAAAACCAAGAAAUACCACGAAUUACUUUGGAGCGCACCUUUUAUAAACAAGCAAGCAAGAAAGCAAGCAUCGUGGAUAAGUCAUACAAAUAGUUAGUGAAAUUGAAAUAGCUAAAUAAUAAUAAUAAUAGGAACGAUAAUGUUUCAUUUUAGUUACACCAACAAAUUUUUGAUAACAACUUUAAACUAACGAACAAGCAAAUUAUUCAAAUUGCACUCACUCAAACGCUCCACUCACUCACUCAGAAAAAUGAUGCUCCACACAAGAAUCAAGAACUCAAAAACUUUUCGAAGACAACUUUGCGGCACCAUAAGAAAUCAAUAUAAGGUCUAAGUGAAAAUCCAAUAAAAAAAAAAUUUAAAAAUACAAGUAAAUUUAAAGGAUAUACAACAUACAGAAUACUAUACAUAGAGCAUAGAAAUAUGUACACAAGUAAUGAAUGAAUGAAACUGCCUAAGAACAUUAGUAUAUAGGUCAAACAAAUAGUUGCUAAGAAAAACAACAACAAACAACAGGGGUGGGAGGGGAGAUACCCGUAAAUUGAUUUCCAAUUUGUAUAUACCAAUGUACUCGAACUCGUGUGAAGGAAAGAGGAGCAGGCUAAGUACUCGUAACAUACUCAUCAAAAGCAAAGUAGGAGCAAAACUUCGCAAUUGAAUAAAAACUUAGUUAAUGUAAUUAAAUCUAGUUAAGCGAUUAACUCGGAUACGUUCAAGCAGUCAAUAAAGCGAUUAACAUACAAAAUGAUACUUACGAUGCACCGUCUUAAGUUAGCCUAAUGAACAUAUACACACACAAAAAUAUAUAAGUAAAGAUGUAUGAAUUUUCGCUCAAGUUCCUCGAUGAAUCACAGAAACAUAAGAACAAGAAACCAAAAGUUAAGUUAAUUAACACAUAAAUUAAAGGCAAGUGAGUUUAACUUUAAAACAAACAAAACAAAAAAUGUGAAGAGCAUACAAGAAACUAAAAAAAAAACUUUAGCACACCAGGAGAGAAGGAGAAGGAGGAGAAAUAUAUAAAUACGCGCAAGUGAAUCAUACCAAAAUAUCAUCAAUGAAUUUUAAUUUAGUGUUUAUGAUUAGUAAAUGGAUGAAGAGCAGGUCGUAAGGCUAAAGAAUUUUGUACAGUUUAGCUAAACUUAAUGUUAGGAAUUAGGUAUACACCAUAAUAUGGUCAAAGUAUGAUAGUAACACUCCAACACACACACACAAAAAAAAAAUCAGACACACACAGACACACAGAUCUAUGUACAUGUAUAUAGAGUAUGGCAUAAGUAUACACAAUUAUAUGAAAUAUACAUACAUAUGUAUAUUUAUGUAUACAAAAAUCGUAUUUAGGCACCUACAUACAUAUAUGUAGCACGAGUUUUUUGAUAUGUAAACCCCUAAUCCAAAAAAAAACCAAAUAACUGUAUAUACGACAAAAAGUACUUAUGAAUGGAAACCAGCUAUGGAACCCUAAACAUUAACACUGUAGGAUGAGGAUCAGUAUGAAAAUAUAAAUGGAGAUGGAGAUGACCCUUGAACCCACUUGAGGAAUACCUAACCAAGAAUUCAGCCAGACAACAGACAGAAGAGAGCCCAAGGAAAAUUACUUUAUUAAAGAUCUAGACAGACACAGACACACACACACACGCGUAAUACACAUACAUGUUUAUCCGAAAGAGAGAACGAGUCGAGAAAUCGACUAUUCGAUACCCUUCAGCCAUAUCUGAGAAAUCAUCAGAGAUUGCUUUUAGUCUGUCUGUUUCUCAAUAAUAACAAUGGAUAAUCAUACAGUUUACAUAUAUUUCGAAAGCAUUUCCGAAAGCAGAUCUACAUAUGUAUGUAUGUAUCUAUGGCUUAUGGGUAUCCGUAUUCCCCGAAAAUAUCUAACUAAAGAAUUAAAUUGAGCAAAUUAAAAGCCAGAUGUUUAAUGUUUGAAGUAAUUAAUUGAUUAACUGGUUAACGUUUUUUAAUGAGAAAAGGAUUUGAAGCAGAACUGCAAUUGAUCUACCAUUCCCAAACCAAAGAAUUCCCGAAUAAUUACAACAUCCCCGACACUUGGAAUCAUAAAAUCGGUGAUAAAUGAACAUUAAAGAAAGAAACAGAUAAAUAAAUCCAUAUAUAUAUAGAGAAAACACUCAUAUAUUUUGUAGCUAUACAAGUGUCAGAAAUCAAUUAUGUUACGGAAAGACAGAAAUCAAAAUGUUUAUAAAAGCGAGUCAUAUUGUAACGAUAUGAUAUGAUAUACAGACUAUAAUGCAAGCGAGUAUCAGUACGAGUAUCCCCUAUAUAAAACGUCGAAUCAAUUUUUGAUGAAAAUGCAAAAAAAUAAACAAAAACGAGAACAACAACAAAUAGCUGCUCAACGGUUUCGGAGCGUAUUUCCAAAGAACGUAAAUUAAUGAGAAAAACAAAAACCAUUUUAGUUGUAACAAUUGCAAGAGGCAAAAAUAGUUGAGAAAAAUUUUAAGGUACAACUAACUUAAUGGCAAAUUGAUACGUUUAAUUUUUCAUAUGGAAUUUUUUACUCUACACUUAGUUUACGGAUAUAAUUUGUGGGAAACCAAACCAGACAGAGAUGAUAACCAAUUUAGUUGGCCAUAGUCGGAACUUUUUUAUGAAACAUUAUUCAAUGAUUAUGAAAGACGUGGAGGUGAAGAGGAAGUUGAAGAUGAUGCAUACGUACAUAUGUAUAUGUACCGUCGUAAUCGUGUAUGCAAAAGCAUUUAGGACAAAAAAGCAAAGACAUCAAAAACGAUGAACGAUAAACGAUGAACGAUAUGUAAAAUGUUAAAUUAUACACACAAUGAAAAUGUUUGAAGCAUUUUUGGUGUCGCUGUUUAGACGGCGGCACCUACACCAACGUUUUAUAAAGCAACCAACAAAAAUAUAAAUAGAUACCUAACCUAUAUAUAUAUGAGAAAGGGAUAUAUAUAUAUGUACGUGACACGAUGUAAUAAUUGCGUAUGUAUGAUGUAUAUUUAAUGAUAUAUUAUAUAUGUAUAUGAUGGUCUCAAAAACAAACAAACAUAAAAACAAAACGAGAAAUUCUAAAGUAUCUAGAUAAGAAAAUGAACAAGUUGAGAACCUUAGUGCUUAAGUUGAACCACACAUAGAACACACAGAUACAGAUAAAAGAUACAAAUACAUGAUACAGAUAAAAGAUACAGAUACAAGAUUCAGAUAAAAGAUACAGAAAAAGCUAAUGGAAACUGAAAGAGAUACAAUAUACAGAAUAGCUAACAGAACCCUGCAUUCCUGCAUAGUGCACCAGAAACUAAAACAAAAUGGCAUUUUUUAAAUGAAUUCCGAGUUAAUGCAAGUGAAUAUUAUUAUGGAGAAAUAGUCUAUAGUCCACAUAACAGGAUAAACGGAUUAAAUUGCGAUUGAGCCAUGAGCCAUGAGCCAUAAAUUGUUAGGCAACACUAGUGCAAUGAAAAUACUUUACCAACAGUGACACACACUGACACACAUAUACACUUAUGGUUGUACGUUGCAUAAUUUAUAAUUUGUUGCAUCAUUAUUAUAAAGAAUUACAUUACUCUUAGAAUCCCCGAAUAAAAAGCACUCUCUGUUGACAGGCUUCACCUUUUGCUCAAGCAAAGUAAAACAUGCGAACAAAUUUGUUAUUACAUUUUAAGAUUAGAUACACCCCAGCUCCUUACACCAACACCCCUCCACUACCAUCCCUCCACAACUACCCCGCAGACACUGGCUAAUAAACAAUAUCUAUGUGUAUAUGAUUUGUCUGUCAAUCAACCUCAAAGCUCUCAAUUCUAAUCAUACGAUACCAUCGUCAUGCAGCCAAAAGGUCGCUGUUUUAAGGAGUUCAACGAAAUGUAUCUAUAUAAUUUUUGGUUUUAUCCGUCCAUCAAGAGUUCCUAUCUGCAAUAAAUGAACAUUUUUUAUGAUUAACACUCAGCCAGCCUGCAAAAAUUUUCCAAUCUUCCUCCCUGCCUCCAUCCCUUUCCUUCCCCACCCUUCCCUUCGCUACAAGUCUGCUCUGCUGUCAAUUAUUUGUUAUUACUAUUACCCUGACCACCACCAUCAGACCCAAAACAUUUCGGUUUGCUCAACUCAUCAAAUACCAAUCCACCCCUCCCACCACCACCGCACCCCACACACACAUACAUAGCUACCAUAUACAUAUGUAACAGGAAUAUGUUUGAGAAGGAGAAAUAAUUUAAAACGUAAUGCGUAAAUGCGUAUGUAAUGAUUGAUCACUGAUCACAAAUUUUGACUGUGUUAAUUUCGUUAUAUAAAAUGAAUAAAACUAAAUUUAAAUUUAAAAAAAAAUUAAAGCAAAACUGAAGUGAAAUAAAAAAUAAAUAAUUAUCUAUAGCAUGAAAAUAAAAACAAAAACCACUUAAAAAUAAACACACACAUGAAAAUGAAACCAGAAAAUAACAAGAGAUGAAUGUUACCAGAAA